UAACGAUAUAAGGGCGAAAUUGAACCUAUAGAUCCAUAAUUAUUAUUAUCAAUAAUAGUUGUAAAAAAUAAAAUCAUUUUUGGAUCUUUUUUACACACACAUUCAUUCAUUUCAUAGUAUAGCACCGUUUUAGAUAGUAUCGAUCCUACAUCUUAAAUGUCCGAUAUUGAGAAUAAUUCUGUGCUAUUGAGGCCACAGAGCCGUCUAUUGACGUUUCUCCUCUCAAAGAAAGUUCCACCACUCCCGUCAGAUGAGGAACGUAUGGUCCAUCCAGGAAAGUCCGCAAAUAUAUUUUCAAAGAUUUUCUUUUGGUGGUUAAUCCCGGUGAUGAACUCUGGUUAUAAGAGAACUCUCGAGCCUGCCGAUCUCUACAAGUUAUAUGAUGAUAUUAAGGUAGAACAGAUGACCGAAAUAUUUUAUGGUCAUCUUAAGACUAAAAUUGCAAGUGCUGAAACGAAAUUUAUCAACCAAAAGAGAAAGGAACGUAAUGAUACUACACCAAGAACUCCAGAGUCAGAUGAAGAAGACUUGAAGGAUUUUGUCUUCCCCAAAAGUUUGACUAUUCUUGCUCUUUUCCAAACUUUCAAAUGGCAAUAUUUGACUUCAUGCUUGUGUUUGUGCUUGGCCAACGUUGGUAAUACUUGUAACCCUUUACUUACCAAGAAAUUGAUUAAGUUCGUUGAAAUGAGAUCGCUUGGAUUGAUUUCGCAUCCUGGAAAGGGUAUCGGAUACUCCUUUGGUGCUGCAUUUCUUAUCUUACUUGGAGGUAUUUUUAUCAAUCAUUUCUUUUACCGUUCAAUGCUUACAGGUGCGCAAGUUAAGGCUGUGUUAACCAAGGCAAUCCUCGAUAAGUCAUUCAAGUUGAACCCUGAAUCGAGACACAAGUAUCCUACUUCAAAGAUCACUUCCAUGAUGGGUACCGAUUUGGCGAGAAUUGAUUUUGCAAUUGGUUUUCAACCAUUUUUGCUCGUUUUCCCUAUUCCAAUUGGUAUUGCUAUUGCCAUUUUGGUAGUUAAUAUUGGUGUUUCUUCAUUAGUUGGUAUUGCUGUGAUGCUUUGUUUCAUGGUUGGUAUUGCCAUCAGUACCAAAAAAUUGUUUGGAUACAGAUUCACAGCAAACAAGUUUACCGAUAGAAGAGUUAACUUUAUCAAAGAAGUAUUGAAUAACUUGAAGAUCAUAAAGUUUUAUUCCUGGGAACCUCCAUAUUUGGACAAGAUUUCAGAUGUUAGAAAAAGUGAAAUGAGAAUUCUUUACAAGAUGAACAUCUUGAGAAAUUUCGUCACUGCCUUCGCCAUGUCUUUAUCUUUACUUUCUUCUAUGAUUGCCUUCCUCGUCUUAUACGCUUUGAGUAAACAUGGAAGUAAAAGAGAUCCUGCUAAUAUUUUUUCUUCUCUUUCUCUUUUCAACGGUUUGACCCAACAAGUUUUCUUGAUCCCCAUGGCUUUAUCUUCUGGAAGUGAUGCCUUCAUUGGUAUUGCAAGAGUUGGUGAAUAUUUAUACGCUGGUGAAGUUGAUACCGAGAAGAAUAAGAUCGAAGCUGAUGAUGAAAAAUUGGCCAUUAUGCAAAAGGAAGAUGUAGCUAUUGAAAUUGAAAAUGCCACGUUCAAAUGGGAGUCAUUCGAAUCCGAGGAAACCGACCAAGAUACUGACGUCAAAGGUAAGUCAAAGGGUAAAGAUUCAGUGGAAUUGUCAGAAGUUAAAAAGGAGUCCUACACGGAAAAGGAUUCUGGUGAAUCUUCCAAGUCAUCAGAACAAUCCACUUUGCAAGACACUUCUUUCCCUGGUUUGAACAACAUCGAUUUAAACAUUAAAACAGGAGAAUUCGUUGUUAUUACUGGGUUGAUUGGAUCUGGUAAAUCAUCUCUUUUAAAUGCUAUUUCUGGAUUCAUGUCUCGUGAAAGUGGUAAUGUUCUGGUUAAUGGUAAUUUGUUACUUUGUGGUCAACCAUGGGUUCAAAAUGAGACAUUUAAAGAAAAUAUUUUGUUUGGUCUUGAAUAUAAUGAGCAACAGUAUAACGAUGUUGUGUACGCUUGUUCCUUAGAAAGUGAUUUGGAAAUCUUACCUGCUGGAGAAAAAACUGAAAUCGGUGAAAGAGGUAUUACUUUAUCUGGUGGUCAAAAGGCUAGAAUUAAUUUAGCCAGAGCUGUUUAUGCCAACCCUGAUAUCAUUUUAUUGGAUGACGUUUUAUCUGCUGUUGAUGCUAGAGUUGGUAAGCAUAUUAUGAACAACUGUAUUUUAGGAUUAUUAAAAGAUAAGACUAGAAUCUUGGCCACCCAUCAAUUGUCUUUGAUUGGAUCCGCUGACAGAAUUAUUUUCUUGAAUGGUGAUGGAAGUAUCUCCGUUGGAACAGUUGAUGAAUUGCAAAAUGAAAAUGAAGGAUUCAGAAAAUUGAUGACUUUCAGCAGUCAAGCAGAAAAGGAAGAAGAAGAAGAAGAAGAAGUCGAAGAAUUUGAAUUAAUUAAGGAAGAAGAUGAAGCUGAAGCUGAAAGAGAAAGAAUUGAACGUCAACUCUCCAGAAGACAAACUGUUGUUGAUGAAGAAGCUAUUCAUAAGGAUUAUAAGACCAACAAGGACGAAAAGGGAACUUUAUUCGAAAGAGAAGAAAGUGCUGUCAAUGGAAUUAGUUUUAAGGUUUACAAGAACUACGUCAAAUUGGGUUCAGGUAUGUUCAAAAGGUAUAGUAUUGUACCAGUUAUUUCGGUUGCCACUAUGUUAGCCACCUUCUGUUCUUUAUUUGCCAACACUUGGCUUUCAUUCUGGACUGGAGGUAAGUUUGAAGGAAGAUCUGAUGGGUUUUACAUCGGUCUCUAUGUUAUGUUUACCAUUUUGUCUUUCCUCCUCUUGUGUUUUGAGUUUAUGCUUCUCGCAUACCUUUGUAACAGAGCAGCUGUCAACUUGAAUAAUAAAGCGGUUUCUAAAUUAUUGAGAGCACCUAUGUCAUUCAUGGACACAACUCCAAUGGGUAGAAUUCUUAACAGAUUUACAAAGGAUACCGAUGUUGUUGAUAACGAAAUUGGUGACCAGAUCAGAUUCUUCUUCUUCACAUUUGCCAACAUUAUCGGAGUCAUUAUUCUUUGUAUUAUUUACUUGCCUUGGUUUGCAAUUGCUGUGCCUUUCUUAAUCUUCUUGUUCGUUGCUAUUUCAAAUUACUAUCAAGCUUCUUCAAGAGAAAUUAAAAGACUUGAAGCUACUCAAAGAUCAUUUGUUUACAAUAACUUUAAUGAAACUUUGGGUGGUAUGAAUACUAUCAAGGCUUAUAAGGCUUCUAAUAGAUUCUUGACGAAAAACAGUAAGUUUAUUGAUAAUAUGAAUGAAGCUUAUUUUAUUACUAUUGCUAAUCAACGUUGGCUUGGUAUUCAUUUGGAUCUUAUUGCUUGUGUUUUCGCCUUAGUCAUUGCACUUUUGUGUGUUAACCGAGUAUUUAAGAUUAAUGCUUCUUCAGCUGGUUUAUUGUUAUCCUAUGUCUUACAGAUUGUCGGUCAGUUGUCCAUGUUGAUUAGAACUUAUACUCAAUUAGAAAAUGAAAUGAAUUCAGUUGAAAGACUUUCUAAUUAUGCUUAUAACUUGCCAGAGGAAGCUGCUUACAAUAUUUCUGAAACCACACCUCCUCCAACUUGGCCAUCUCAAGGUGUUAUCGAAUUCAAGAACGCCGACUUGGCCUAUAGACCAGGUCUUCCAUUGGUGUUGAAAAACCUUUCUUUCAACGCGAAGGCUAGUGAAAAGAUUGGUAUUUGUGGCAGAACUGGUGCUGGUAAAUCAUCUAUCAUGACAGCAUUAUAUAGAUUAUCAGAAUUAUCUGGUGGUCAGAUUAUAAUCGAUGGCAUCGAUAUUGCAUCACUUGGUUUACAAGAACUCAGAUCUAAAUUGUCAAUUAUUCCACAAGAUCCAGUUUUAUUCCAAGGGAAUAUUAGAAAGAAUUUGGAUCCAUUUGGACAAAGUUCAGAUGCCAAAUUGUGGGAUGCAUUAAGAAGAUCUGGUCUUAUUCCCGAGGAUCGUAUUGAACAAGUUCAACUUCAAGGAAAGGAUGACGAAAAUUUGCAUAAAUUCCAUUUAGAACAAAAUGUUGAAGAUGAUGGGGUUAACUUUUCAUUAGGUGAAAAGCAAUUGAUUGCAUUUGCAAGAGCAUUAGUUCGUGAAUCCAAGAUUUUGAUUCUUGAUGAAGCUACUUCUUCCGUGGAUUACGAAACUGAUAGUAAAAUCCAAAACACUGUUGUAAAUGAGUUCAGUGAUUGUACAAUCUUGUGUAUUGCACACAGAUUGAAGACAAUCGUAAACUAUGAUAAGAUUUUGGUACUUGAUAAGGGUGAACUUAAAGAGUUUGAUACGCCUUGGAAUUUAUUUAAUACCAAAGAUAGUAUUUUCCAACAAAUGUGUGAAAGAAGUAACAUUGAAGCACAAGACUUUGCUAGAAAGGACUUGUAAAGCUUUUAAAUAUGAAGAAAAUUAAGAGUUGC